AUGCCAAAUUCAAGCGCUAGCAAGCUGGACGGACCCUCGGCGUUUUCAAACACGAACCAAAAGGAAAAUCCCAGUGUAGACUCAAGACGAGCUCGCGACCACGAAGAACUCGAACACGGACAAACUGGACGGGAUCACGACGAACCAAAUAUGAAGCAGCGGGACGCAUUCAAGUCCAGACAGAGUACAGACAAGCUGAGUGGAUUUACAGUAGAAUCGGGUGUGAACAUGCAGGUUGGGUCCACGGUGGGCUCGAAUACGGGCAUGACGCGUUUACGACGAACUCGAGUAGAGCUAGCUGAACGAGUUCGCGACGGACUUCAGCACGGACGUGCUGGAUCGUUGCACAGCCGACUCAAGUGCGAAUUGAUAUCAUGGUGA